UUCAAUCGCAUACGAAACGUCAAACAUUCAAGUGUUAAAGUUGGAGACAGAUUGGUUCUUCAGUAAAUGUUUUUACUACAGUUUUUGUUCCGCAAAAUUAGUGUUUUUCGCAAAUCUAAUCAUGCUUUCCUACAAACAAUGCACAUGGAACGUCCAACUUCCAUUUGAAUAAAGUGGGAAACUAUUUUCCUAGUGGAUGAUGGCAUGAUCACAUUCACGUAAAAGUCUGAUAUGUAACACCCGUUUCAAAGCAGCAAGAGAAAAAUAACUUCACUGCAUAUGCAGUAAAAAGAAAGAGUUGCACUUACGUCACUCGAAGCGAUUUUCCAGUUUUCAUUCGUGAACUUUGGAGUGAUAAAAGUGCAUAAGUCACAAGAGGAAUCCAGACGCGGGGGCGUACGUUCCUAUAUUCUCAAAAACGACAGGCGGGCCGCGCAGCAAAGGCGAAAGCGAAAGGUGAUAAAGUUUGAUCAGCGACUAAUCCCUUAAAGUACUGACCAUGGCAAUGUCAAAGGGAUUUCGAGUGCUUGAAAAAUCUAAGCCACCAUCUCCGCAUAGUGUACUGCUGGAACAUCGCAACAAAUCGGAAACGCUUCUUUUCGAGUCACAAGCUGUUGCUGUAUUAUCUGCCCAAGAAACAGAAAUCGUUCGCAAGCAAUACACUAAAGUGUUGGAUGCCUACGGAUGUCUCGGAGUACUGCAGCUCAACGCCGGAGACAGUUCGCUGCUCUAUCUGGUGAUGGUGACCGGUUGUUUUUCGGUUGGAAAAAUCCUGGACAGCGAAGUCUUUCGUAUUACACAAACGCAAUUUGUGUCGCUCCAAUAUCAGCCAACAAGCGAAGAUCGUAUAUCGGAAAUUAGAAAAGUUCUCAACUCGGGAACGUUCUAUUUUUCCUUCUGGAAUCCGGCAGCGAACAGUGGACUGCAGCAAUCUAGUGGUGGUUAUAACUUCGAUAUUACACUUUCCGCUCAGCGACGGCGAAGAACUACCGACACCGAUAAUCGAUUUUUCUGGAAUCGGAUGCUAUUUAUUCACAUGCUACGGUUCGGAGUAGAAUGCGACUUCUGGCUUUUGAAGGCAAUGUGUGGAUCGGUGGAAAUUCGAACUGUUUACGCCGGAAGUAAGCAGGCUCGAGCUGCAAUAAUUUCCCGCCUUAGCUGUGAACGUGCGGGCACUCGGUUUAAUGUCAGAGGAACGAAUGAUGAAGGAUGCGUGGCAAACUUCGUAGAAACAGAGCAAUGUAUCUAUUUAGAUAACGAAGUAUCAUCAUACAUUCAAACGCGAGGAAGUGUGCCGCUCUUCUGGGAACAACCAGGCGUUCAAGUGGGAUCUCAUAAAGUCAAAUUAUCGCGUGGCUACGAAGCAUCCAAAGCUGCUUUCGAUAGGCAUAUGAACACCAUGAAGGCACGCUAUGGAAAACAAGCCAUAAUUAACCUACUCGGAACAAGCUUAAUAGGAAGUAAGGAGGGAGAGGCAAUGCUAAGCAACGAAUUUCAAAGACACCACAAAGAAUCUAAUCAUACUGAUGUGCCACACAUCGUUUUCGAUUACCACCAAGAGUGUCGGGGCGGAAAUACUAGUGCAUUGUCCAAGCUGAAAGCGAAGAUUGACGCUAUGUGUGCUGACUUCGGACUACUGCAUGCAAUGGGAGACAGUGUUUUCCGUGAACAGAAGGGAGCAAUUCGAACGAAUUGUCUGGACUGUUUAGAUCGUACCAAUUGCGUUCAAACUUACAUCGGGCUGGAAAUAUUGAAUGAACAAAUACUGCAAAUGUCGGCGUUAUCAGACAAGAAACAGCAAAUAAGUUCGCGCUUCGAAGAAGUUUUUCGUCAGAUGUGGAUUAAUAAUGGUAAUGAAGUAAGUAAAAUUUAUGCAGGAACAGGUGCAAUACAAGGAGGUUCGAAGCUGAUGGAUGGAGCCCGAUCGGCUGCCCGUACGAUUCAGAACAAUUUAUUGGAUAGUUCGAAACAGGAAGCCAUCGAUGUUUUACUAGUCGGAUCAACGCUCAGUUCCGAACUGGCUGAUCGUGCCAGAAUCCUGUUGCCAUCCAACAUGCUUCAUGCACCAACACCUGUUUUGCGGGAAAUGUGUCGUCGAUAUGAAGAAUUUGUUGAACCGUUGGAACUUCGCAUCACAUGCGGUACAUAUAAUGUGAAUGGUGGAAAACACUUCAGAAGCGUCGUCUAUAAGGAUGUUUCUCUAGCUGAUUGGCUAUUAGAUUGCCAUCGGUUGGCCAGAUCGAGAUCGCUAGUUGACGUAAGCCAUCCCGAGGAAACUGAAGAACCUCCCAUCGAUAUAUUUGCUAUCGGUUUUCAAGAAAUUGUCGAUUUGAAUGCUUCGAACAUAGUGGCGGCAAGUUCUGAUAAUGCAAAAGCAUGGGCCGAGGAACUGCAGAAGGUUAUUAGUCGAGACGAGGAAUAUGUUCUGUUGACGUACCAGCAGCUGGUCGGUGUUUGUUUGUAUAUUUAUAUUCGGCCAAAACAUGCGCAAUACAUUCGCGAUGUCGCAAUCGAUUGCGUCAAAACUGGUCUGGGCGGUGCUACUGGAAACAAGGGUGCAGCCGCAAUUCGUUUCGUUAUCCAUGGAACUUCUAUUUGCUUUGUGUGUGCUCAUUUUGCUGCCGGACAGUCACAGGUUGCCGAACGCAAUGCAGAUUAUGCCGAGAUUACCAGAAAAAUUGUAUUCCCAAUGGGAAGAUCACUGAAGUCGCAUGACUAUAUAUUUUGGUGCGGUGAUUUCAACUACCGUAUCGACAUGGAAAAGGACGAGUUGAAGGAAUUUCUUAAACAAGGCGAUAUCGCUUCGGUGCUGCAGUAUGAUCAAUUGAGAAUUCAACAAAACACGGGAAGUGUGUUCAAUGAUUUCCUAGAAGGCGAGAUUUCUUUUCCUCCAACAUACAAGUAUGAUCUAUUUAGUGACGAUUACGAUACAAGUGAAAAAUGUCGCGCACCCGCUUGGACGGACCGGGUGUUAUGGCGAAGGCGCAAGCAGAGUCCAGAUGCCGAUAAACAUCCCGAUUGGAAUCCUGGCAGACUGGUGCACUACGGGCGAGCUGAGUUAAAGCAAAGUGACCAUCGUCCUGUAAUUGCGAUAAUCGAUGUAGGAAUUUGUAAAAUCGAUCAGCAACGAAGAUCGCAAGUUUUCAACGAUGUCAUAAGGGAUUUGGGACCACCGGACGGAACAAUUUUAAUUCAAGCAACGAAUCCUACCACUAGUGGCGCAGACUCAGGAGAUGAGGAUGAAGGAAGCAUUUACGAUGAGAAUUUAAUGAGCGCACUGAUUCAGGAAUUAACUCAAAUCGGUGAAGUAACGUUGGUACGUUUCGUGGGUGAUACGAUGUGGGUUACUUUCCGAGAUGGACAAUCUGCUCUUACUGCUGCCCAGAAGAAAUGUGUGUUAGUUUGUGGGGUCAAUCUUGCCAUUAAGCUGAAAACCGAAAAUUGGGUACAAAGUGUGGAAAAAGAGAUCUUGCUGUGCACUCCCAAUACUGUUAGUUUCUGUGACAACCAAAUGGGUGACUACAACAGUCUUGGCAUUCCGGAAGUUCCUUCGCGUCCAAAAAGUCCACCAACUCCACAGCAACCGCCAUUGCGACCAGCGCCUCCUGGCCGACCUCCAUUACCUAAGUCUCCUCAAGCGUCACCAAAACACCAACCUGUCCAUCAUCAUCAUCACCAUCCAAAGGCCGGUGUCAUCAGUCUGGGCGCUGAAGUUUUACUGGCCUCUAAAUUGCAGCAGAAGCCCGCCAUUCCACCGAUACCGCUGGUGCCGUCGUCGGCUACUUCUAAAACUACUCCUCCCAUUGAAGAGUAUGCCCGCUCUAGUCCGAUCAGUGGCUCUCCUGUGCAAGGGAGUUCGUCUGCCAACCGUACCACCAUGCAAGAUACCGGAGCUAUCUACGAGGAAAUUAGCGAUGACAUUGCCAUACCGGAACCACGCGGUCCUCCGCCUCCUCCUCCACGCUGUGAUGUGUACGACCUGGACAUCGUUGGCAACAACAACAGCAGCAGCAACAACAAUAAGUCAAAUAAAAUAUCUCCUCCUGGUACAUCUGGCAGCUCUGGCGCUGGCUCACCACAAUCCUCGAUACCGCCAGGAUCCAUUACGUCAGACAUGCCAAAAGCUAAUCCUCCUCCGUUACCGAUUCGCCGUGGUAUGCCUCCGCCAAUUCCAAACCGAAGCGGUGGUGCACCUCCUCUUCCUGCGCGGCCGAACAAUCCUUAAGAGAAAUACUCCCAAAGUUUAUGUUUAGUUGUUGCUUAUAAAACACACAAUCUUACCGCAAUAAUAUAUUGAAAUUGAUUACCUAAUAGUGGGAAUCUACUCAACCUUUCAGCAGAAUCUAAUCAAUAGCAGGAUAGUCAAUCAAGUUAAAAAUUAUGUCAUUGAUAUAGCACUAAACAGUAUGACUACAAAAAUCAUAACAAUACGCAUGAAUAGGGCAUCUAUUAGCUGACGGUGUAUGCUGCAAUAGAUUGUAUCUACUAUAGAAAAAAAGAAACAAGUGUACCAAACAAACAAACACAUUCCAACGCUAAUUGGCAUUAAAAGAAAGAUUUUACCUUUAUUAAUCUGUAAUUCGAAUGCCGUUAUUGUUAGGAGCAGCUUUAUGUGUGUAUAUAUUUUUUGUAUUUAUUAUUAAAUUAUAUGUUUGAAAUAUUGUUAGAUAUAAAAAUCGAAUCUGUAUACCCAGUUUGUUAAUAUGAAGUAGGAUGUCACACUUGAUCUUCGUACUAAAAUGUGGGGUCAUGAUUCGAAAAAAAAAAACGAAAUAACACUACAGGUGAUGACGCUAGGCAUAAUGGAAAACCUAAGUAAACCUUAUUGUUAUUGCAAUUUUCGUUUAAUGAAGAAAGUAAAUUACCAAGUAUUGAGAGAAACAAACAUUCUUCAUAGCAUAAAAAGACAUGGAACAAUAGCUAUUACACUCUAAUUAGCAACAUUUUAUCGACUUACCGAUAGUGUGUAAGGAAAGGUCACGAUAUCUAGUGAAGGGUAUUGCAAUGCAAGGAUAUAGCAAAACAAAACAUAUAAAAAACAUUUGCGCAAUUAGCAUAUCUGUUGAAAAAAUAACAAAGAAAAAUUAAUACAAAUAAUUGCAGUUUCAA